GUCUAAACGUCUAGAAUUUGUAGGAGUACAUAAGGUUGUUAUACCUCAAUAGAGACUAUUUAUAUGCUGACCAGUUCAAAGUAAUACGUUUGGUCUACAUUCCAUUUUUUUUUAUUCGGUGAUGCUGAUGCUUCAGUAUGACCCACAAUGCGUUGCGUUUGCCAUGCUUGACGUCACAGGCCGGAGAAGACGGGUCUCGGUAGCAUAAGCUAGCUUGCCUGUGUAACGGUAUACAGUCGGCUCUGGGCUGCGUCCAUCGUCACUUUAACUUUUAGAAAGCAACUUCCAGAGCCACGCAAGUUGGUUGAAGCAGUUGAAUUGAGCCACUGUUCUCCAAAAAGUCAUGGCGUGUGGAGCCACCCUGAAGAGGAGCAUGGAUUUUGAUCCGCUGACAAAUCCCACUUCUCCGAAAAGACGGAGAUGCAUCCCGGUUACUCCAUCGUCUGCUGCCCCUAGGAAGUACCUCCGGAUGGAGCCCUCGCCAUUUGGAGAGUCCUCUUCAAAACUUAGUGCAGAACAAAUUCUCCACAGCAUCAAACAAGAAUACAAACGCAUCCACAAGAGGAAGCAUCUAGAUGGAAGCUACCAUCAGUCAGAGUGUUGCUAUUCUCCUGAAUCCCCAUCACAGUCAUCCAGCAUGCCAGGAACAUCCUCAGGUGGCGUCUCCCCUACUAGAAAAGAGCAACCCUUAUUCACCCUCAGACAAGUCAGUAUGAUCUGUGAACGCCUGCUGAAAGAAAGGGAAGAGAAGGUCCGUGAGGAAUACGAAGAGACCAUGACUUCAAAAUUGGCAGAACAGUACGACACUUUUGUGAAGUUCACACACGAUCAGUUGAUGCGACGAUUCGGAGAGCAGCCGGCGAGCUAUGUUUCCUGAGUGUGGCCCAGAACCUUUGCGAGACGGCCCUUCUCUUGCUGCGAGCUCCCACGCGUAAUCUCCGAGAGGGGGCAAAAAAAAAAAAAAGCUUGUUCGAAGAGAUUCAGUUCAGCUCAUUUCCAAUGAGUUUUCUUACCGUGCCAUAUAUCUGUCUUCGGGCAAAGGUUCACAUGAAGCUGUUUUUUCAGUUCGUACCACUCUUAAGCAACUAGGUGCUUCCUAAUGUCAAUUAGUGGCCCCUGUUUGGCCUCUGUUCAUCCAACUGUUCCCGUACCUCCAGUUAUCUCCCUUUUUGUAAGGAUUUCCAGCAUUCCAGGCCUUCCCACUUGCCUCUUUUGCUACAUGUAAAUACGAUUUCAAAACCGCUAGUUUUUACACACGAGGAUUGUUGGUGAGUCUUGCAGGGAGUGGAAGCUAGAACAGAGGUUGUUUGCAGAUGGUUCCCCCCUGUUUGUUGCUUUAUUUUUUUUUAAACGGAGCAUAAAGUCACAUUACUCCCCCUCCCCACCAGUGUUUAUUUAUUUUGAUUUGUUCUGCUGGUAUCACUUUCAACUAAUUGUACUUCACGUGGAAGAAAAAAAAAACAAUAAAAAUCCAAUGUUUAAUUUUAA